AUGAGCUCUCGGUUCCUCCUGGCUCUGUUCCUUGUCCUGCUGGUGCUGGGAUUCGAGGUCCAGGGGGCCCCGCAGCUCCAGCAAGAUGACCCAGGCAGCCAAGCUCUGUUUGGCAAGGUGCAGGAGUCCAUUUCCAGUUACUGGGACUCAGCUAAGGCGGUUGCCCAAGAACUGUACCAGAAAGCAUACCUGAGCAGUGUGGAUGAGAAGCUCAGGGACAUGUACAGCAAGAGCUCAGCGGCCAUGAGCACUUACGCGGGCAUUUUCACCGACCAGCUUUUCACUCUCCUAAAGGGCGAGUAAUGCCCUGCAAACGCCAAGUUAGGGAACGACGGGAG